AGUGACAGGUUACACGCGACAACCGCGGCCAUGUCAGUGUGGGCAUGGGUGUAAGUACCCUUGUGUGUGUUUAGCUGUGCAGCUGGCUACACCCAGUGAUUGGCUUCCUUCCUGGAUCUGUGAUAUCAUCAGGACAGGUAGGGACAAAAUGAGUCGAACAAAAAAAGCAGCCAUGCCUCCUGGGAAACUGAACAGUUCGGGCAAGAGUUCUGUUCAGACUUGGGGACCGUUCUGCGGUAUCCUGGCAACCGUUAUGGGAAUCUGUCUGCACAUACAGUGGCCGGAACUGCUGCAGGAGAAACAUACCGAGACACAAGUGAAUCUGUCCACAAGUCCCUAUGUGUUCGACUUUCAAGCAGCGUUUGCUACUCGAGACGAAAGCAUGGAGAAGUAUGAUUUUAAAUACAACGACGCUGGUAUUGACCGGCGAUCAGGUCUGAAGUUGGAGGAAUUCUGGGAUGUUUAUGAUGGAAAAUGGCCUGUGCUUAUUACUGACAUCAUACCCAAAUGGGAAGCCUGCAAUUGGACCAAAGAGUUCUUUGUCAACCAUUACGGUGAAGAAAGAGUCGUCAUGAAAGCUGUCCAUGGAAAACUUAACCAGGCUUCGAGUCUUGCACUGCCACUAAAGUUAUUUCUACAGCACAUUGAGGAGAGUUCACCGACCACCUGGACAUACCUGGAGGACGAACUGUUCAUCCCUCUCCGACCUCAGCUCUACAAACAAGUGCAGACAAGUACGUACACAACCGAGAACUUUUUCAACCUAUUUCCUCAAGAAAUCCGUCCCUGGGACUGUAUGCUGUUGUGGGGAACAGCCUACUCUCGCUCCUCCCUCCAUAUCGACCCCUACAACUGGACGGGCACCAACGCAGUCAUCAAAGGCAAGAAGAGGUGGAAGCUGUUUCCUCCCGGGCAGGACCAUCUUUUGUCGGUAAAAUCCAACAAAAUGUGCGGGUUUCCGCUAGAGUGUAGGAAAUACAAUAGCCCGAUUGACACAUUUGACAGUGAGGACUACAACAAGUAUCCCCUGUACAAGAGGGCGCACUACAUAGAGUUUGAUCAGAAUCCCGGCGAGUUCCUGGUCAUCCCGGCAGGCUGGUUCCACCAGGCCUACAAUGUAGAGGAGACCAUCGCUGUGUCUGGUCAGUUCAUGAACAGGAACAACUACCUGGUGAUUCUGGAGGAGAUCCUCAAGGCGGAGAACCUGAAGCGUUCCCGUCUGCCAGCCCACUUCCACACCCUGCUGCCCCCCGACCAGGUUAAAGUGUUCAUGUCACUGCUGCCCCAGAAGCUCUUGACUCAUGGGAAGGAGGUCACAUCCAAGAUCAUCAAGCAAGUCGAGAAUGUCGACAAGAAGGAGUAGACACUAGGGGGCGCUGUUAUACCUGUGGACACAUGCCUCAUUCAUUCUGUUUUUUUAUGUUCCAUAUUUGGACAUAUCUUUGUUUGCGUCUUGCAACAUUUGAAUGUCACUGUAUGUAUUUGUGUUCUUGAGGGUUUUUUUGUCUGCGUGUUCUAACACUGCAGUUUGUGUCUGUGUGACAAACCGAUAUUCGUGACCGACCAUGAGACAAAGGGCCAUAUGGGUGAAAAAUCACGUUUUGACUUUUCAUUAUAUUUUAGAACUACGGCAUCUUUGGAACACAAAAAUACAAUUCACAAGCUUCAAUUUAUAUUUAUUACAGAGACACAUGACAUCACACAUAUCAAUC